UUUCUCCAGGCUUGUGAGAUCAGGAGUUCUUCCUUGAAGGCUGCUGUUUAACGACUUGGUUGCUACUUAUCCUAAAGGUGGCUUUCCGUUGCACUUUUUAAUAAGCUUUCUGGGGACCCUGAACCCCACCACCACCUUCCAGACCAGCCUGAGAGCAGGGGACUCCAGCGCGGGGCCCCGGAUCGCACUUCGGCGCUGAAACGACGCGGCUGGAGCGAGCCUUCCCUCCCGGGGCGGGGGGUGCAGGCUAGGCGGCCGGCAGCGCAGGGCUGCCCGCUACCCCGCAGCCGAGGGCACGCAGAGCGGGGAGACGGCGCCUGGGGCCAGGGGCGCGCGGAGCCGGGGGCGCGGGCGGGGCGGGCGGCUGCAGGGCCCGGCGCGCCACCGCGCGAGCGGCUGGGUCACAGCCCGGGCCGCGCCGCCCGCUCCGCGAGGAAGUGACGACUGCGCCGUCCCGAGAGCAACAAAGUUUGAGUCUGCGGGCCGCACUCGCCUGCGCCCCACACCCCUCCGAGCAGCCCGGGGAUCCAGCACGCAGCUGUGAGCUCAACCGAUGAGUCAGAGCCGUGCAAUCCUGACACUGCAUCGCAGGACUGGGGGUGACACGGAGGGAGGCAGAGCGCUCGCGAGGCGGACGGCACGGGUGCGGGGCGCGCCGAGGCUCCUGCAUCGCAAGCCGGGGGUGACAGCCCGCGCGUCCCGCCCGGGCCCUGCCAGCAAACUUCUCAGCCUCGGGAGGCGCGGGCUGGCGGAAGCCCCGUGAGCGCCGCGGGGAGGCGACGGCGCCUGUUUGUUUUUAAAAUCGGGAGUGCGUGCAGGCGGCUGGAGUCCCGGAGGCGACCGAAGGCGGCGGCCCGCGGCGGAAGGGGGACAGUCGAGCCCGGAGCCCGGGCAGGAGCUGGGUGCCAGGACCCUGUGGAGCAUCAUGAACUGGGAAGAGUAGCUGAGCCCCAGAGCCUCUCUGGAAGAGAAAGGAAGAGCCAGCAGUUAUUUCUCCCAGUGCCCGACCUCACCGUCUGGCGUCUUCCUCUGCCCCUGCUCUGCCCUGCCCGGCUCCUGGACUAGAGCCCGGCUUCCAGCAGGACGUUUCCCCAGGGGAUGGGCGACUGUUGAAGGGGAUCUCACCGCCAGGGCUCAGUUGGCCACAUCAUGAACCUCCAGGCCCAGCCCAAAGCUCAGAACAAGCGGAAGCGUUGCCUCUUCGGGGGCCAGGAACCAGCUCCCAAGGAGCAGCCCCCUCCCCUGCAGCCCCCCCAGCAGUCCAUCAGAGUGAAGGAGGAGCAGUACGUCGGGCACGAGGGUCCAGGAGGGGCAGUCUCCACCUCUCAGCCUGUGGAACUGCCCCCUCCCAGCAGCCUGGCCCUGCUGAACUCUGUGGUGUAUGGGCCUGAGCGGACCUCAGCAGCCAUGCUGUCCCAGCAGGUGGCUUCAGUAAAGUGGCCCAACUCUGUGAUGGCUCCAGGGCGGGGCCCGGAGCGCGGAGGAGGUGGGGGUGUCAGUGACAGCAGCUGGCAGCAGCAGCCAGGCCAGCCUCCACCCCAUUCAACAUGGAACUGCCACAGUCUGUCCCUCUACAGUGCACCCAAGGGGAGCCCGCAUCCUGGAGUGGGAGUCCCGACUUACUAUAACCACCCCGAGGCAUUGAAGCGGGAGAAAGCGGGGGGCCCACAGCUGGACCGCUAUGUGCGGCCAAUGAUGCCACAGAAGAUGCAGCUGGAGGUAGGGCGGCCCCAGGCACCCCUGAAUUCUUUCCACGCAGCCAAGAAACCCCCAAACCAGUCACUGCCCCUGCAACCCUUCCAGCUGGCAUUCGGCCACCAGGUGAACCGGCAGGUCUUCCGGCAGGGCCCACCGCCCCCAAACCCGGUGGCUGCCUUCCCUCCACAGAAGCAGCAACAGCAGCAGCAACCACAACAGCAGCAGCAGCAGCAGCAGGCAGCCCUACCCCAGAUGCCGCUCUUUGAGAACUUCUACUCCAUGUCACAGCAACCCUCGCAGCAACCCCAGGACUUUGGCCUGCAGCCAGCUGGGCCACUGGGACAGUCCCACCUGGCUCACCACAGCAUGGCACCCUACCCCUUCCCCUCCAACCCAGAUAUGAACCCAGAACUGCGCAAGGCCCUCCUGCAGGAGUCAGCCCCGCAGCCGGCGCUACCUCAGGUCCAGAUCCCCUUCCCCCGCCGCUCCCGCCGCCUCUCUAAGGAGGGUAUCCUGCCUCCCACCGCCUUGGAUGGGGCUGGCACCCAGCCUGGGCAGGAACCCACUGGCAACCUGUUCCUACAUCACUGGCCCCUGCAGCAGCCGCCACCUGGCUCCCUGGGGCAGCCCCAUCCUGAAGCUCUGGGAUUCCCGCUGGAGCUGAGGGAGUCACAGCUACUGCCUGAUGGGGAGAGACUAGCACCCAAUGGCCGGGAGCGAGAGGCUCCUGCCAUGGGCAACGAGGAGGGCAUGAGGGCAGUGAGCACAGGAGACUGUGGGCAGGUGCUACGGGGCGGAGUGAUCCAGAGCACGCGACGGAGGCGCCGGGCAUCCCAGGAGGCCAAUUUGCUGACCCUGGCCCAGAAGGCUGUGGAGCUGGCCUCGCUGCAGAAUGCAAAGGAUGGCAGUGGCUCUGAAGAGAAGCGGAAAAGUGUACUGGCCUCAACUACCAAGUGUGGGGUGGAGUUUUCUGAGCCUUCCUUAGCCACCAAGCGAGCACGAGAAGACAGUGGGAUGGUACCCCUCAUCAUCCCAGUGUCUGUGCCUGUGCGGACUGUGGACCCAACUGAGGCAGCCCAGGCUGGAGGUCUUGAUGAGGACGGGAAGGGUCCUGAACAGAACCCUGCUGAGCACAAGCCAUCAGUCAUCGUCACCCGCAGGCGGUCCACCCGAAUCCCUGGGACAGAUGCUCCAGCUCAGGCGGAGGACAUGAAUGUCAAGUUGGAGGGGGAGCCUUCCGUGCGGAAACCAAAGCAGCGGCCCAGGCCCGAGCCCCUCAUCAUCCCCACCAAGGCGGGCACUUUCAUCGCCCCUCCCGUCUACUCCAACAUCACCCCAUACCAGAGCCACCUGCGCUCUCCUGUGCGCCUAGCUGACCACCCCUCUGAGCGGAGCUUUGAGCUGCCUCCCUACACGCCACCCCCGAUCCUCAGCCCUGUGCGGGAAGGCUCUGGCCUCUACUUCAAUGCCAUUAUAUCAACCAGCACCAUCCCUGCUCCUCCUCCCAUCACGCCUAAGAGUGCCCAUCGCACGCUGCUCCGGACUAACAGUGCUGAAGUAACCCCGCCUGUCCUCUCUGUGAUGGGGGAGGCCACCCCAGUGAGCAUCGAGCCACGGAUCAACGUGGGCUCCCGGUUCCAGGCAGAAAUCCCCUUGAUGAGGGACCGUGCCCUGGCAGCUGCAGAUCCCCACAAGGCUGACUUGGUGUGGCAGCCAUGGGAGGACCUAGAGAGCAGCCGGGAGAAGCAGAGGCAAGUGGAAGACCUGCUGACAGCUGCCUGCUCCAGCAUUUUCCCUGGUGCUGGCACCAACCAGGAGCUGGCCCUGCACUGUCUGCACGAGUCCAGGGGAGACAUCCUGGAAACGCUGAAUAAGCUGCUACUGAAGAAGCCCCUGCGGCCCCACAACCAUCCGCUGGCAACUUAUCACUACACAGGCUCUGACCAGUGGAAGAUGGCCGAGAGGAAGCUGUUCAACAAAGGCAUUGCCAUCUACAAGAAGGAUUUCUUCCUGGUGCAGAAGCUGAUCCAGACCAAGACCGUGGCCCAGUGCGUGGAGUUCUACUACACCUACAAGAAGCAGGUGAAAAUCGGCCGCAAUGGGACUCUAACCUUUGGGGAUGUGGAUACAAGUGAUGAGAAGUCGGCCCAGGAAGACGUUGAAGUGGAUAUUAAGACUUCCCAAAAGUUCCCAAGGGUGCCUCUUCCCAGAAGAGAGUCCCCAAGUGAAGAGAGGCUGGAGCCCAAGAGGGAGGUGAAGGAGUCCAGGAAGGAAGGGGAGGAGGAGGUGCCAGAGACCCAGGAGAAGGAGGAGCAGGAAGAGGGGCGAGAGCGCAGCAGGCGGGCAGCGGCAGUCAAAGCCACGCAGACACUACAGGCCAAUGAGUCGGCCAGUGACAUCCUCAUCCUCCGGAGCCACGAGUCCAACGCCCCUGGGUCUGCCGGUGGCCAGGCCUCGGAGAAGCCAAGGGAAGGGACAGGAAAGUCACGAAGGGCACUACCUUUUUCAGAGAAGAAGAAAAAAACAGAGACAUUCAGUAAGACCCAGAAUCAGGAGAACACUUUCCCCUGUAAAAAAUGUGGCAGGGUGUUUUACAAGGUGAAGAGCCGCAGUGCGCACAUGAAGAGCCACGCAGAGCAGGAGAAGAAGGCUGCAGCGCUGAGGCUGAAGGAGAAGGAGGCUGCUGCCGCCGCCGCUGCCGCCCACCAGCAGGCCCUGCGGGAGGAGAGCGGUGUGGGUGCGGGCGACAAGGGCUGAGCGCGGGAGCCAGGCUGGCCCAGUCCUGAGCCCCGGCCCUUCCCGCACCGCCGCCAGCGCCCGCAGACCCUGGCAUCUCAAGAGGGAGUGAGGAGAGGAUUGCAGGGAUUUUUCCUUGCGAAACAAAUGAGACAAUGAAAUAAAUGGCUCUUAUUUAUGAAGGCCCUGGGAGCAGCGUUAAGGGCUCCAGGAUCCAGCUCUUUUUGCAUUUGGUCUGUCGGAAGCUGUCCUCGUGCUUUCCUGGACCGGGAGAGUCCCGGUCCCCUUGGGAGGGGCUCCACCGCCUCUCACACUCCGAUUUCUGCUGCUCUGCUGCCCCGCAGUCUCUUCCCUUUAUUUGCUUCCCCCUCCUCCCCUCGGCCUCCAGGAAGCCACCGUGGCCGGCCAAGCACAAGCUCACCCACUUUGGAGCAGCAUUCCCCCUCCCCAGAGGACCUCGAAGGCUGCAACGGCCCGGCCCCAAGCCCCAAGCCCCAGAAAAAGGAACUCUCGGAGGGAGUCUGCGGGCUUCUCUGAGAAGGGGCGCAGCCUGACACCUGUGCUGUCCCUGCAGUCUCCAGGCCUGCCUGAGCUGCUCCCGUGACCGUGUCCUGAGUGGCCACCUCCUCCUUGGGAGGGAGGCUGCGACAGGUACUCUCCCUUUGCUGCUUGCUGGCGGCGCUGCUAGGGCUAGAAAGUUUUCUCAGCGUUGGGGGAGGGGCUAGUGUUCUUGUCCAAAGCACUCAUCCUGCUGCAGGGAAGGGGGCUGUACGGAGGCUGGAAGCUGCAGGGUUAGGCCCGAGAGAGCUUUUGACAAGCCUGGCUCUUCCUGCUUCCCACCUUUUUGGCCAAAUACCUUUGGGUCCUGGAGGCUGCCAAGGGCGCUCCGCCUUGAGCAGGUCCCGGAGAGGCUCAGCCUGCCCCUCCUGGCGGCCAGCCUCCUUGCCUCUGCCCUGACCUCAGCAGCUAUACCUAACCCCACCGCACCCCACCCAGUGUCGAUAUCCACAACCCAGCCCCCAGGCCUGCACGUUGGAGAUUUCUGGAUCCUUCCCUGGGAGGGAGAGGUCUCCUAACUCUAUUGGACAGGAUCCUUUAUUCCUUGACUCGUGUCAUUUGGGAGCUAUUUAUUUAUUCUUAGUAUUUAAUUUUUAACAUCCUCUCAGGGACCAGGGGCCUCCUGCUUUUCAGAGGCCCAAGUGCAUUUAUCCCAAAACGAGGCGUCUUGACAUCCCCUAUCCCCACCCUCUGAAUUCCCAAGGCCCUAAGGUCCCUCACCUGGUUGCUCUGGAAGCUCUUGCCGAUAGGAAUGAUAGCAACACUGAAAGAGGGUGGGAAGGUGGAGGGUGUCACCAGACCCACACAGAGCAAGGGAGAUCAAAGGCCGUUCUUGCUGCCCCUUCUCUGGCUGUGCUUUGCCUGAGGGAAUUGGCAAGAGGCCAGAAUUCUAGUUUGGUUUAUGGGGCCUGGAUUCUGGCUUGAAGAGGCCAUAUUCGGCAUGGGUGAAGUGAAAGGGCCAGGAGGUUCUGGAGGCUCCUUCACUUCCAGUCCCAUAGCGGGGCUCAGCUAUUUUUCUGAUCUUAUUCAACUUUAGUUGUGCAAAAGAAAUUCUAAGUGAAUGCGCGUAUGACAGGUCAACGUAUUAGGAAGGAGCCAGAAAGUAUUCAUACUGCUACUCCUUAUGAGAUAGCCAAGAAGCAUCAUGUCAGUAACUGGGAGUGGAGAGGGAGUUUUGUUUUGAAACUAUGCACUGUCAGGUAUUUUUCAGCAUCCAUUUAUACAUUAGUAUGGUUCUACAGGACCCCGGCUGUGGAAGUAACAAAUUUCUUCUCCCUCCAGACUCUUGGAUGACUACCUAGAUCCCCAGCUUACUGGUUAGUUUCCUCCACAGGCUUCCAUGAGCUCAGUGUCCCAAGACAGCAAAAAUCUGGUAUACCCUGUAGAAGCAGGGGGGUAGCAAAUUUAGGCUCUCUUCGAAAUUACUUGUAUAAUACGAGUGCCUUCGCAGCUUAGCCCCAAAGUGCUACUUAUGUUUCCCAAGGUUUUUUCUAUUCAAACCAUAUUUGGUUUCAGGCCCCUUUAUGGACAUACGGUAACAGAAACCUCCGUCAUUCACAUGAGACCCUUUUGUCAGUGGUAACAUCUUGUACUUGGAAAAAAAAUUUUUUUUUUUUUUUUUUUUUUUUUGAGACAGAGUCUCAUUCUGUCGCCCAGGCUGGAGUGCAGUGGUGUGAUCUUGGCUCACUGCAACCUCCGCCUCUUGGGUUAAAAGGAUUCUCCUGCCUCAGCCUCCCGAGAAGCUGGGAUUAUAGACACAACCACCACACCCAGCUGAUCUUUUUGUAUUUUUUUUUUUUUAGUAGAGACGGAGUUUCGCCAUGUUGGCCAGGCUGGUCUUGAACUCCUGACCUCAGGUGGUCCACCCGCCUCAGCCCCCCAAAGUGCUGGCAUUACAGGCGUGAACCACUGCGCCUGACCAGAAGUUUUUAAACAAUAAAGUGAUUCUACUCUUCUAAGCUUACAGAGACCAGACCAGGUGAAUGUAACUGGGGAAAAUCAAGAUGGUACCUCUCUGCAUUAUCCCGCCAGACACCGUAUUUUAUGCAUUCAUGUCUAGGAUACAGUGUGAAAAUUAAAAAGUUUAGAGGGCAGAUGCAAUCGUGGCAAGUGACCUGCCAAUAAAGCAGGUGCAGCUAUAGAAGCUGGCAUAGGUAUAUCCUUAAUGGUGCUUUCUCCCUGGGCUUGUCUUUUUGUUAUUUUUUUCCCCUAUAUUCAGAGCUCCUUGAGAAGUGAUAAACACCUCCAGCUUUCUAACAUCCUCCCCACACCAUCUCACUAUAUCCAUCUCCCAGCAUCCAUCUGCAUUCCGCUAAGGGCGGGAAACUGACCUAGUGCCUGUGUUGCAGACCAUUUCUGAGGUCUCCACCCAUCCAAGGAGGCACAGCUGUCAUUACUGUCCUCCAUGCCUUCAGCAGCCCCCCUCACAGCUAAGGUACAUACCACCCCUUCUGCCGCGUCUCCACCCCUGGCACCAAGGUCUUUUGCUGCUUAUGUCUAAAGGGAUCACCUAUAUUUAACUGCCUCAGUGACCUAACCUUUCUUCUCAUGUGCCAGAUGUUAAGAUGAAGGAGGAAUACAACACAUACUCAAGCCUCAGCUGUUUAGUUGUUUUCACUGGGGCUCGCUUUUCUGGGACGGUAUUUAUUAUCAGACUGGCAAGCCUAACUCCAUAGGGUUACAGGAAGUAGGGAUAUUUUUGUAAAACAAUUGUGUCCUCCCCACAUUUUGCUAUGUUAAUAUUUGCCUCUAACAAUUUGCAGCUGUUUCACUUUUUCCUCAUUUGUCUCUAAGUUGAAGGCCUUGUUGGAGGGGACAGAGCACAGGAACAGCCUUGACAGUCUGUAAUUAUUGUACAAAUAUUUUAAUAGCAUAUAAAUAAGUAUAUUCCUUUUAUUUUGAAACAAAAAUGAUCAGACACUGCCUUUUGUGUGUUUGCUGCCUGUGGCACCCUUUUUUAAAAAGACUGUUACAUAUUAAAAUAGUGUACAUAUAUAUAAAUAUUACCUCUUUUGCUGUACAGUUGUGAUAGAGACUGAAGAUUUUAUUUUUUGUGUGCUUUUUAUAAGAAAAAAAUUAAUACACUAAAGAAUCUUGCUGAUGUGAUUGUAAUGUACCUAUGUAACUUAUUUACUUUUGAAUGUUCUUCUGUAUCUUUAAACCUUUUAUUAAAUAAGGUUUUAAAAAUUCA